CCUUAGCUGUUACAGAACAGCAGCACCUGGCACGUUCCUAGAGGACCCAGGGAGCAGGAAGCGAAGGGGAGCUGGCGCGGGGGGCACUGCACAGGCAGCAUGCGCCCGCCGGGAGCAGCCUCGGCGCCCAAGGUCUGAGGCUGCAGCCCCCGUUCGCCAUUGUGAGCCGCCGGGGGAGCCAGCCGGCGCCACCGUCCGCCCGGGUCCCCGUCCACGCCGCGAUGGGGCACCUGCCCGCGAGCACGCGCGGCGGCCGCCGCCUGCUGCCUCUGCUCUGGCUCUUUGUGCUGCUCAAGAAUUCUACAACAUUCCACGUAACUGUCCAAGAUGAUAAUAGCAUCGCUGUCUCUUUAGAAGCUUCAGAUGUCAUGAGUCCAUCAUCUGUGUAUGUGGUGAAGAUAACUGGUGAAUCAAAAAAUUACUUCUUCGAAUUUGAGGAAUUCAACAGUACUUUGCCUCCUCCCGUUAUCUUUAAGGCCAGUUAUCAUGGCCUGUAUUAUAUAAUCACUCUGGUAGUGGUAAAUGGAAAUGUGGUUACCAAGCCAUCCAGAUCAAUCACUGUGUUAACAAAACCUCUUCCCGUAACCAGUGUUUCAAUAUAUGACUAUAAACCUUCUCCUGAAACAGGAGUCCUGUUUGAAAUUCAUUAUCCAGAAAAAUAUAACGUUUUCACAAGAGUAAACAUAAGCUACUGGGAAGGUAAAGACUUCCGGACAAUGCUAUAUAAAGAUUUCUUUAAGGGAAAAACAGUAUUUAAUCACUGGCUGCCAGGAAUAUGUUAUAGUAAUAUCACCUUUCAGCUGGUAUCUGAGGCAACUUUUAAUAAAAGCACUCUUGUGGAGUACAGUGGUGUCAGUCAUGAACCCAAACAGCACAGAACUGCCCCUUAUCCUCCUCAAAAUAUCUCAGUUCGUAUAGUAAACUUGAACAAAAACAACUGGGAAGAACAGAGUGGCAGUUUCCCAGAGGAAUCGUUCAUGAGAUCACAAGAUACAAUGGGAAAAGACAAACUCUUCCAUUUUACUGAUGACACUCUUGAAAUUCCCUCUGGCAACAUUUCUUCUGGUUGGCCUGAUUUUAACAGCAGUGACUACGAAACGACAUCCCAGCCAUAUUGGUGGGACAGUGCAUCUGCGACUCCUGAAAGUGAAGAUGAAUUUGUCAGUGUUCUUCCCGUGGAAUACGAAAAUAACAAUACACUCAGUGAGACUGAGAAGUCGAUGACCAGCUCUUUCUCUUUUUUCCCUGUCCAAAUGAUAUUGAGUUGGUUACCACCAAAACCACCCACUGCAUUUGAUGGGUUCCAUAUCCACAUGGAAAGAGAAGAAAACUUUACUGAAUAUUUGACAGUGGAUGAAGAGGCACACGAAUUUGUUGCAGAACUGAAGGAGCCUGGGAAAUAUAAGUUAUCUGUUACAACCUUCAGUUCCUCAGGAUCUUGUGAAAUUCGAAGCAGCCAGUCAGCAAAAUCACUCAGUUUUUAUAUCAGUCCUUCAGGAGAGUGGAUUGAAGAACUCACUGAGAAGCCCCAGCAUGUGAGUGUCCACGUUCUAAGCUCCACCACCGCCUUGAUGUCCUGGACGUCUUCCCAAGAAAACUACAACAGCACCAUCGUGUCUGUGGUGUCACUCACCUGCCAGAAACAAAAGGAGAGCCAGAGGCUAGAAAAGCAGUACUGUACUCAGGUGAACUCAAGCAAAUCUAUUAUUGAAAAUCUGGUUCCUGGUGCCCAGUACCAGGUUGUGAUGUACCUAAGAAAAGGCCCUUUGAUUGGACCACCUUCAGACCCUGUGACAUUUGCUAUUGUUCCAACUGGAAUAAAGGAUUUAAUGCUCUAUCCCUUGGGUCCUACAGCAGUGGUUUUGAGCUGGACCAGACCUUACUUAGGAGUGUUCAGAAAAUAUGUGGUUGAAAUGUUUUAUUUCAACCCUACAACAAUGACAUCAGAAUGGACAACUUACUAUGAAAUAGCAGCGACUGUCUCCUUGACUGCAUCAGUGAGGAUAGCUCAUCUGUUGCCAGCAUGGUACUACAACUUUCGAGUUACCAUGGUAACAUGGGGAGACCCGGAACUGAGCUGCUGUGACAGUUCCACCAUAAGCUUCAUAACAGCCCCAGUUGCUCCAGAAAUCACUUCUGUGGAAUAUUUCAACAGUCUGUUAUAUAUCAGUUGGAUAUAUGGGGAUGACACUACUGACCUCUCGCAUUCUAGAAUGCUCCACUGGAUGGUUGUUGCAGAAGGAAAGAAGAAAAUUAAAAAGAGCGUAACACGCAAUGUCAUGACCACAAUUCUCAGCCUGCCUCCGGGAGAUAUCUACAAUAUCUCCGUAACUGCUUGCACUGAAAGAGGAAGUAAUACCUCCAUGCUCCACCUUGUCAAGCUAGAGCCAGCUCCUCCAAAAUCACUCUUUGCAGUGAAUAAAACCCAGACCUCGGUGACUUUGCUGUGGGUGGAAGAGGGAGUAGCUGAUUUCUUCGAAGUCUUCUGUCAACAAGUUGGCUCCAGUCAGGAAAUAAAACUCCAGGAACCGAUUUCUGUUUCUUCUCAUGUCGUGACCAUCUCCAGCCUCCUUCCUGCCACUUCCUACAACUGUAGUGUCACCAGCUUUAGUCAUGACAGCCCCAGUGUGCCUACAUUCAUAGCCGUCUCAACAAUGGUUACAGAGAUGAAUCCCAAUGUGGUAGUCAUCUCCGUGCUGGCCAUCCUCAGCACACUGUUAAUUGGACUACUGCUCAUUACUCUUAUAAUUCUUAGGAAGAAGCAUCUGCAGAUGGCUAGGGAGUGUGGAGCAGGAACUUUUGUCAAUUUUGCAUCCUUAGAGCGGGAUGGAAAGCUUCCAUACAACUGGCGUAGGAGUAUAUUUGCUUUCUUAACCCUGCUACCCUCAUGUCUUUGGACUGAUUAUCUUUUGGCAUUUUAUAUUAAUCCUUGGAGUAAAAAUGGUUUAAAAAAGAGGAAACUGACUAACCCGGUGCAACUGGAUGACUUUGACGCCUACAUCAAGGAUAUGGCCAAAGACUCUGACUAUAAAUUUUCUCUUCAAUUUGAGGAGUUGAAGUUGAUUGGACUGGAUAUUUCACACUUUGCUGCAGACCUUCCACUGAACCGAUGUAAAAAUCGCUACACAAACAUCCUACCAUAUGACUUUAGCCGAGUGAGAUUAAUCUCCAUGAAUGAAGAGGAAGGUGCAGACUACAUCAAUGCCAACUACAUUCCUGGAUACAACUCACCCCAGGAGUAUAUUGCCACACAGGGGCCUCUGCCUGAAACCAGAAAUGACUUUUGGAAGAUGGUCCUACAACAGAAGUCUCAGAUUAUUGUCAUGCUCACUCAGUGUAAUGAGAAAAGGCGGGUGAAAUGUGACCAUUACUGGCCAUUCACGGAAGAACCCAUAGCAUAUGGAGACGUCACAGUGGAGAUGAUCUCAGAGGAAGGGCAGGAUGACUGGGCCUGUAGACACUUCCGGAUCAACUAUGCUGACGAGGUGCAGGAUGUGAUGCAUUUUAACUACACUGCGUGGCCUGAUCACGGGGUGCCCACAGCCAACGCUGCAGAAAGCAUCCUGCAGUUUGUACACAUGGUCCGACGGCAAGCGACAAAGAGCAAAGGCCCCAUGAUCGUGCACUGCAGUGCUGGAGUCGGCCGGACAGGAACAUUCAUUGCCCUGGACAGGCUCUUGCAGCAUAUCCGGGAUCAUGAGUUUGUGGACAUCCUAGGGUUGGUGUCAGAAAUGCGGUCAUACCGGAUGUCUAUGGUGCAGACCGAGGAGCAGUACAUUUUUAUCCAUCAGUGUGUGCAGCUGAUGUGGAUGAAGAAGAAGCAGCAGUUCUGCAUCAGUGACGUCAUCUAUGAGAAUGUCAGCAAGUCUUAGCUCAGAAUCCAGACCAGACAGGACAUGAUGUGAACCCAUCCUCCCUUGCUUCCAAGAGUUUUUUGGGGGGGCUCUACUAGCCAUUUGCUAAAAAGGGCCCUGCUUUGUAGUAUGUGGCCAAGGAGAUAAUUUAUCUCAUAGAAGCACCGGGAAGACUUAGCCUUAAAGAGCCUACAGUGUCUUUUUGGACUCUCACUUCUGGACAUUCAAUAAUGGACCAAAUUCAACCGGACACCAGAAAGGUCCAGACGCUUUGCAAAGGGCAGGAAGCACGACACUUCCGAAGAGUUUCGCUGGACCUUUGCUGGUUGGGCUGAGUUUUUUGUCGUUGUUUUUAAGUGCAAUAAUUUUUGUACGUGUGUGAUUUUAUCAGAACGUUGAAUUGUUUUCUGCCCGCACUCUUGAUCAAGCUCGUAGCCCAAGAAGGAUCAGGAAUUGUUAGUGUCAAAUUAUACCUCAUUGUUAAAAAGAGGCAUGGCCACACAUGAAAAAUGGCAAUUCUGCGUCAAGGAAAUUGAACCAGUGCUAUCUAUAAUCCAACAUAAGCUACUGGGUCAGGAGUGGGGAGGGUGGAUCGGGGGAGAGAGAAGCGUUCUUCCCACAGAUCAACUGCGUAUCUUUUCCAAAUAUGAAGAGCUGUAAUUCAGCUUCAAAGUAGAGUAGAAAAAAUAUUUAAGUCUUAAUUGUUCUAGUUCUUGAUGUUUUUUUCUUAUUAACGGCUCAGUGUUUCUUCCUUGGCCCUCUUGGACUAAUGCCACUGUCCAGGUUCUUUUUCAACAAACUAGAUCUGGUUCAGAAGACUUUGAAGUCUCACUCUUUAGACUCCAUUGCUGUCUGAGCAAUCUUGGUGCCUAGAGUUUGCAUUCCUUUUUCUGUUGACCUGCAUACACGUAAAAGCUAUUUCUUUGCGAACUAUAGGCUGUGAACACGCACUUUCUUUCCCCCAAAGAGCUGGGAAUUUAUGAAGUUGUGGCAAUGAACUGCAGCAUGCUAGGACAAUGAUUUGCCUACAUUUUUGGGGGGUGAUAUUGUCAAGCGUCUCUAUGGAUUCUGACAGAGAUAACUUUCUGUUUCGUUUUCUUUGGGGUUGUCGGUUUCAUUUUAACCUGUGUAACUAGCAACACUCUAUUCUUUGCAUUUUGUAUAAUUACAGUACGUAAUUGUGUCUUGUGACAUGAACACUGUCAGAAUGGACACAGAUGGCAUCCUGAAGCCUGUUACUUUGUGUCACUUCCUGAGAAUGAAGAGGUGAUGGAUAUACGAAAGAAAACAUUUUGAGUUGAAAGUAAACACAAGCUUGCUGCUUCACUGGAGCAGUUGGCUGUCCUGAGCCUUCCUGUGUGUGUUUCAGGAGGCCGUGUCCCCCUCUCUGUGCAUCCGCCCCUCGCCCUGGAUCCCCGCUUUCCUGCGCAUCUCCAUGAAGCCAUGUACACAUCGUCAGUUUCAUAUUUUAUCAGUGACCUUUGUAAUGGUAAAGGAUGCCAAGUCAACAGCUCUGCACCCCACUGUCUCUUGUCACCAAGGCCUGGCCACAGCGGAGCCUGGCACAGUUCUUUGCAAGACCUGGCCAGGCAGGGAUUCUCAGGUUCGCCUCGUGGUGGGGGGGGGGGAGGAAUGGCAGAGGCUGUCCAGAGCCCGCAGGUUAACAGCUUGGGCUCCCCGGGUGUUGUCAGCUUUGACUCGCCCCCGCCUCUUCCUCCCCUUCUCACCUCCCUGCUGCCACCUUCUUCUCUUCUCACUCCCACCCCUUUAAGUCCCUUCUUGGGCAUGUUAAUAAUGUACCACUCCAUUCCCAGGAGUACAUGUGGCUAAAGAAAAGUAGCAAGUGUAUGUGUGACUUCCUUAGGUUUUCGCACACGGACAGGUCAGGAGUGAAGUAGGUAACGUUGGGUGAGCUGAUAAGACACCUGCUGGUGCUGGUACAUUUCCCACGUUCACAGACUGGAACUUUACUUCCCUGAAACUUAAAGCACUUUGUAAAUAUUUUAUGAUUUUCUUGAGCACCCCUUCCAGGUAGGGAUCAAAUAGUCCCAGAUCAGUUUUCCCAAAAGAGAAGAUGAAGUAUCCAGAGUUAGACGGAAGCCUCAGAGUUCAGACGACAGAGAAGUCACACCAGGCACUUUACCAGAUCAUUCCUUCAGGGGUCUCCACAGCCGUCACUCUGUACAUCACUGGUACACCGGUGCUCCUGAAGUGUACAGUUUAUGAUGGGAAAAGCAUCCAUCUGUCUGAAGACUUGGGUUUCAAUCCCAAUAGAUGACUUUGAAAUGUAUCUGUCCUAAGUCUCAGCUGAUGAACUGUAGAAUUACCUACUAAAAGCACCAUAUUUCACAGGUGUAAAGGGUAUCAGAUCUGAUAAUUCACACAAAGGUGUUUUGUAUCUUAUUCUUUCAUGUACCCUAGGGGCCCCUCGAACCAGCUUAAUUUUCACUCCAGGAUUCAACUCUAAGAAUUCCAGACAGGAGGCAGCUAGGGCCUCUGUGUUCUUAAUUACAGUGUUAUUUGUAAUCAUCUGUGAAGUGCUACAGUGCACUGAACAUAGAGGCAUUAGCACAGGCAUUCAUAGUAGCCUACAUGGUGCAUAGAAAGAGCUGAAGAUUUUGGAAUAACAAAAUAUUUAACUUUGAGUGCUACUGAGAUCAAAUUCCUUGGCUGCAAAAGCCAAUUUCUGAAGUUAAUUGAGAAACUACCACUAGACUCUAAUUUAUAAAUUUAAUAUCUAACACUAAUACAGCCAUACCUACACAUUCAUUGUAUGGCUUUAUUUAACUUGAAAAGGAAGGAAAGUGAUGGAUGGCAACCUUUUUGGGGGGACAGUUCUAAUUCGGGGUUGACAAUUUUCCACUACAAAGUCAACACUGCCCCCCAAAUUUAAAAUUAGAAAAAUUAGUAAGGUUUUUUUUUCAGUUCUUAUAAAAUCUUUAAUCAGAUUCUAUAAUCGCUCCCCUGUUCUAAAAGCUGUCCCUGACCCCGGAAAGGGGAUACAUCUCUCAAAGAAGGCUGUGGUGUCAAUGUGUAAAGCAGGGGCUGGAGACUUUGGAACUGAGUCUUUUGCAGACCUUACGAGAGCUACUGGCUAGGGGAUUGGCUGUCAGCCAAGGGGGUAAAGUUACUGAAUCCAAUCUCUAAGAGCCAAAAUCCUCCCUGCUUUCUAGCAAGGAGGCCUUCCUUUCCACCUCAGGAAAUGUCUGACGUGAUGUGCUUCAAAUUAGCUGGCGCAUUUCCUAGCUCACUGAUCACGAGCCUGGGGCCUGGCCCAGGCUCAGAGCUCAGAGGCCGUGCCCAGGACUGAACAGAACAACCACUUUGGCCAGAGGAGUUAGAAAGCAACAAAACCUAACACACACAGACUUCUACCUUUGGUUUUUAACAGCCUCUUUUGGAUGCAUUUGAAGGAAACUUGAGCCAUGAUCUCUCUGACUCUUGGCCUUCCACAGCAGCAGGAGUUUUCAGUUUCACUUGAUGCCUAUCACAAGGCCUGAUCCUGGUGGGUCACUCAGUUAAAGAUGGAGGAUCAUGUUUAGCUCUGGAAGUUGUAUUAUGAGGGACACGAACAAACUGUUCGGGGCAGGGUCACCUGAACCCUUACGACCUUGUGGAAAACAAAGGCCAUAAUCACAAGACCUGGGGCAAGUAGGGCUCUUAAGCCUGGGGUCAAGGACGAGUCCCUAGUUCAUCCAAUCAUUCAUUCAACAAAUAUAUGUUUAUCUAAUCCGCGGAAUGAAAGAAGCAAUCAAUGAAGGAAAGAUUUUUUGACCGCUUGCAAUACACCAGGCACCAGAGACACAAAUGUUGCCAUAGGCUAACUUGUAAAACUAUGUUAUGGAAUCAGAGUCUGGUUGUUGUCGGAAGGACUAAGAAAGCAUGAGACAAGUCUUUUUCAGCAUUUUUCACUUGUAUAGCUCAAAUGUUGUCAACCUUCUGCAGUCACACCAGUAAUAGUGGUACACCUUUUUUCCCAAUGGCUUAAGGACAGAAACACCAAGUUCUCAUAGUUUUUGUUACUCAUCAGGCACCACAGACCCUGACAUGGUCCUCCUUCUUGAUGAGAAUCAGCAAGCUAGCCUUCUCUCCUACUCAGAAAGACUCUCCAUCCCUGGCAAAUGGCUAAUUCUUUUCUACGGAACACUUCCAGUGAGCUUCUGGAAUUGCCACCUCCAUGGGCAGCCCAUCACUUCAUUCCUCAGAAAGCACUUUCUUCUCUUGGUUACACAUCUAAGGAACUUACUAACAUUAAGGAUGGGGAUGAGACUGAAAGUUCUAACCUCCAACCAGCCCCCAUGCUUUGGUGCUUUCCAAAAGUUUUCUCAUUUACAUAAGCUCAGGUGUGGUUGAAAGGGUUUUGUUCUAAACAUCCAGACACCUUUACUGCUCUUAUCACUUGGGAAAUUCCAAGGGUUUUAGGAGUUCUAAAUAUAUAUUUUGGAGCUCUAGGGACAAAGACUAAAUAUAUAUUUCCUAUUACAAAUCAAAAUAUCACAGGUGUUCCAAGCCAAAGUGAGAAGUAAAAUCCAGUUCUGAUUUCCACCCAGGUCCCAAGCUGUCUGCUAUAUGCAUGAUUCUCAAUGAUUAGAAGUUUCUAACUUUAGCCAAAUGUUCAUUCAUUCACCAAAUGCUUACUGAGCAAAAAUGCUACGGACGAGGAACUGGCCUGGGCCCUAGGAACACAAGGAUAAGUCCCGAUGUCUCCAGGCAGACAGCAGGUGGAGGUGAGGCUGAUGGGAUUAAGGCAGGUAAAUGAGACGAGACACCCUGGAGCCCCUGGGCCCUCCCUCCGUUCCUACCCGUGGCUGAAGCCAGCAGAGGGGUGAUCUGCAGAGCCCGGGAAAGCCCCUCACGUUCUUGGACCGAUGUAUGGCUCUAUACCUCUCAUGGACAGAGGCUUGAAGUCCAAAUCGACUUUCCCAUUUUGGUAAAAGGGCAGGCACUGUGGCACUGACCAGGGCCGCCUUGACAGAGGCUGGCUUUGAAAACUUUCCAUUUGAGAAAUAGUAAAUUUCUAGCCCUCAAAGAAAAUCAUUUGUUGACUCAACAUCCCAUGUCAGGCACCGUGGAAGGGGCUGGGGCUAUGAAGAUAGAUGAGACAAGGUCUCUGCUUAGAGGAGUUUACAUUCUAAUAAGGGAUAUUAGAAUGGGAACUAAGGGCAAUAGAGUGGUACAGAGGAUGUGGUAGAAAUACAUAAAGCAGCCAAUGUAGUCCCAAGAGGACAGGUGAUUUCUUUCUGGAAGGGUCAAGAAAGGCUAUACAGCCACGUUAAAGUAUUAAAGACUGCAGAGCCACAUUAAAGAAUACUAAUGCUGUACACUCACCCCCGCGUGCAGCGAGCAUUCAAAAAACACCCACGGCGUCAGUGACCGGGGCCCAUGUGGGUAACCAGACCUCUGAACCUGCCUUCUGAAGCUUUUCUUCUUGGUUGACUCCAAAAUCAAAGUUUCUUUCCAGGCUUCCACAGACAGCUCCCGUGCAUGUAUUUUUCGGCAGAAUCAAGUAGGUUUACUGUCACUGCAAAUGUAACCAAGCAUACUGGGGCUACAUUGCCCAGGCACUUGCAGUCAGUUCUGUUCUCUGGGAGGGAGGAGAAGGGGUAGACUGUACUCCCUGGCCCCUAGGCCCUGAAAAUCUGCCAGGAGCAACCUUCCCUGCCUCUCCCUCCCUCCCCCCUCCUCUAUCUACCUAUCAUCUCCGGAUAGAGACGGUGGUGCCAGGAAGAUGGAAGGGGGCUGGGUCCCUGAGUUGCCACCUGGAGGAGAAACCCCCACCGGCACUGGCCCAUGGUGUGAUCCAGUAACACAUUUCUACCGCGUCGUCAUGAGAUGCAGGCAUCGUCGGCUAUGGCAGUCAACGGGCCUUAACUAAUAUGGCAGCCUGAGGGUAACCUUUGCGACUAUGUUCCAUCUCAGUAACGGUGGGAGUUUUUCAGGGCAGUGGUGUGUGACUACCCAAUAAAAUUCCCAGGAGACAGGUUAACGAUGAGACAGAACAGAGAGAGGGUAACCCACAAGGCAAAUACGGGCUCAGGA